AUGGUGGCAUGGAAAAUUGUCGCGAUUUUUUUUGUCGCGACCAUUUUUCGCGACGCCAGCGCGACAAAAAUCGCACUUUUCCCGUCGACUGGCUGUUAUUCGCAUGAUGUUAUGAUGAAACAGGUGAGCCUUUUUUAGGCCGAGCCUUAUAAGCCCAGGCCUAGGCGUAGGCCUGAAUUUUUUCGCCAAGCCUAAACUUUUGGUUAAAGGGGGGGUAAGACGACAAAUUUUUUUUGUCGCAAAGUUAAAGGCUUCCCAAAAGUAGUAAAACCUCCAAGGGAUUUUUUCUGGAAACGCUCAGAAAAAAUGUUCCAUAAACUAGGUACCACGUAUAGCUAUACGUUGAAAUUAUUCCAUAAACUUUCGGACAACGUAUAGCUAUACGUUGAAAAAGUUCAUGGAAUAUUUUUUUCGGACCUUUUUAGGCUUUUCGAGAAAAAAUCCCCUGGGGCUUUUACUAUUCAAAGGGAGCCCGAUUCAUUGAGCAAAUAAAAUUUUGUCGUCUUACCCCCCCUUUAAGCCUAAGCUUAUGGUUUUAGCUAAGCAUGUUUCAAGUGCGCUCUACUGAUAAAUUUUGAAAAAUCUAGAAAAAUUCAAAUUUCCCGCAAACCAGCAAACGCGCUCUAAUGCAAACAAUUUCAAAAAAUGCUUGAAAAAUAACUGCCACGUGGAUUUUUUAAUUUUAAAUGCUGUGAGUUCACAAAUGCGCUCUACUGAUAAAUUUUGAAAAAUCUAGAAAAUUUGAAUUUUCCGAAAAAAAUCAAAUUUCUCACUAGAGCACCUUUGCUACUUUAAAUUUUGAAAAAUAAAAUUUCUAUUUUUUUUGGGGCGAUCUCUGUCUUACUUAGUUCAAGUACAUUUUUUGACCUAGACCACCCGUCAUAAAAAACAAAAACAACAAAAUAAAUCAAAAUAAACCACUUGAGAUACAGGAAUUCCUUGUGACGUCGAGAUUUUUUCUUUUUUUUUUCUUUUUUUUUGGUUUGUGGGAAAAAAUCAAGCAGAACCUGACCUUGAUUAGUGAAAAUCAUUCGGAAAGUGAAUCAGAACAAACAAAAACGAAUAAAAAUCAAAUUGCGGGUGAUUUGAACCGAAUGAUCAGAGAUUAUCAAUGGAGCGCACUUGCCAAAUUUUUUGAAUUUUUCUAGAUUUUUCAAAAUUUAUCAGUAGAGCGCAUUUGUGAACUCACAGCAUUUAAAAUGAAAAAAUCCAGUUAUUUUUCAAGCAUUUCUUGAAAUUGUUUACAUUAGAGCGCACUUGCCCAGCUUUUGAAUUUUUCUGGAUUUUUCAAAAUUUAUCAGUGGAGCGCAUUUGUGAACUCAUAGCAUUUAAAAUUGAAAAAUCCACGUGGCAGUUAUUUUUCAAGCAUUUUUUGAAAUUGUUUGCAUUAGAGCGAAUUUGCUGGUUUGCGGGAAAUUUGAAUUUUUCUGGAUUUUUCAAAAUUUAUCAGUAGAGCGCAUUUGUGAACUCACAGCAUUUAAAAUGAAAAAAUCCACGUGGCAGUCAUUUUUUGAAAUUGUUUGCAUUAGAGCGCAUUUGCUGGAAAUUUGAAUUUUUCUAGAUUUCUCAAAAUUUAUCAAUGGAGCGCAUUUGUCAACUCACCGCAUUUAAAAUGAAAAAAUCCACGUGGCAGUUAUUUUUCAAGCAUUUUUUGAAAUUGUUUGCAUUAGAGCGCGUUUGCUGGUUUGCGGGAAAUUUGAAUUUUUCUCGAUUUUUCAAAAUUUAUCAAUAGAGCGCACUUGUGAACUCACAGCAUUUAAAAUGAAAAAAUAAGCCACGUGGCGGUUAUUUUUCAAGCAUUUUUUGAAAUUGUUUGCAUUGGAGCGCGUUUGCUGGUUCGCGGGAAAUUUGAAUUUUUCUAGAUUUUUCAAAAUUUAUCAGUGGAGCGCACUUACACAGAACCCUAGGCUUAUUGGGUGUCAAAAAACUCGCAAUUUUUCACAGAUCGGCUCUCAACUCGACACCACUUCCAACAACAUCACAUGGAUUCAAACGCUUCUCUACGAUUUCGGUUUCGGCGAAAUGAAAUUGCCUGAGAGGUGGACACGUCUGAGUUUGAUCGGAAUCGACGAGAAUGGCGAGUAUUUGCAGAAGAAUACGGGAAGUCUGAUUUGGAAACAGAAUGUGCCGUUCGAUUUUGACACACCUUUCAAUAUUCAGGGAAUCAAGGAUUUUGUGCUGUGAGUUUUCAGCAAACGCGCUCUACUGAUAAAUUUUGAAAAAAAGUAGAAAAAUCGCGCUCGAAUGCAAAAAAUUUCAAAAAAUGCUUGAAAAAUAACUGCCACGUGGAUCUUUUCAUUUCAAAUGCUGUGAGUUCACAAAUGCGCUCUACUGAUAAAUUUUGAAAAAUUCAAAUUUCCCGCAAACCAGCAAACGCGCUCUAAUGCAAACAUUUUCAAAAAAUGCAUGAAAAAUAACUGGAUUUUUUCAUUUUAAAUGCUGUGAGUUCACAAAUGCGCUCUACUGAUAAAUUUUGAAAAAUGCAGAAAAAUUCGUGGAUUUUUUCCUCAAAAUUUUGUUGAUUUGCAAAUGCGCUCCACUGAUAACUCCCAGAAACCAAGAAAAAUCCAAAUUUUCUCCAGAAUGCUCCAACGACACCAAGAAUAUUGCACCGCAAUGCUAGAAGAUCGCAGAUUUCAACAACUUCGCCAGGAAAAUGUGACAGUGGCGGUGCUGGAUCAUUUUUUGCAGGUAUUUUUGCGGAUUUUUUGAGUCCCAGGCUUAUUUGGUGUCAAAAAACGUGGAUUUUUCACCCAAAUCCCAAAUUCCAGGAAUGCAUGGGCGGUCUGGCGCAUCUCCUCAACACCUCCGUCAUCCAAUUCUCCAACUGGCCCCUCUCCGACGGCUAUAUAACCUCGCUGAAUCUUCCCGCUCUCCCAUCAUCCGUCCCGAAAACCGGAACACGUCUCAGUGGAGCGCAAAUGACAUUUUUGGAACGCUGCCAGAAUGUGCUGUUCCACGUGGCGAUUGCGUUGACGAGAUUUGUGCAAAUGCGCACGCUGGACGCCAUGUUUGCCAGUAAAGGAUAUCCGUGGGUGAGUAAACAUGAAAAAAAAAACGUGGAAUAACGUGAAAAAAACGUGAAAAAAUGUGAAAAACGUGGAAAACGUGGAAUAACGUGGAAAAAACGUGAAAAACGCGGAAAUUUUCCGACUUUUGAUUUCCGGUAAAAAGUUUUCCGACUUAAUUUUUCUGAAAAUCGAAAAAUUUCGAAAAAAAAAUUACAAUGAAGAAAUAAUUGGCUUAUUUGCUGGGUUUCGAGCUGUGUUGAAGUAGUUCAAAAUUAGUUUUUCGAGUUUUUCAGCCAAAAAUGAUGAAAAAUCAAAAUUUUUUAAGCUUCUGGAGUAAUUUUUGAUUAAAAUUGAACUUGGAAUUCACUUUCCAAAAGGUUUUGUUGACUUUUCGUUAAAAAAAAAAAAGGGGGGUGAGGUAGCUCAGUGGUAGUGGUUGGCUGCUGGCGAUCUCAGGGUCACGGGUUCGAUCCCCGGUGCCCGCUCCUCCUCGAUCCACCCAGUCGUAAGUGGGUAGUAGUUCGCUACGCAAGGUAAAUCGGUCCCCUGCGGCAACAGGGUGACUUAAAUUCCCCAAAAUGGCCUAUAGACGUACACCACCCGUACUCCGUGUCCGAAUCGUCUGAUCCGCAGUGUCCUAAUAGGCGCUCGAAUACGGAUCUACCUUUACCUUUACCUUUUUUAAUAAAUUUCGUAAAAAAAAAAAAAAAUUCGUAAAAAAAAAUUUUUUUUUUCGUUUCUGAAUCAGCUCAAAAAAUCCCGAUGUCUACAGAUCCAAGUCGAAAUGAACGAGGCGCAACGUCCGAUCUACGCGGCACGAUCAGAAAUCCUUUUCGAGAGUGUUCGACCGAUCAAUAAUCGCGUCAAAUUCUUCGGCGCCGCCAACACACCGUGAGCUGGAUUUUUGCCCAUUUUUUGGACGCCAAAGUGAAAUUUUUUGCAGAAAUCCCCACAAUUUCAUCAGUUCGAUGAAAUCAUCGAAAAAUUCGGACAAAAUUCAUAUUCAGGCUGAUUUUACAGUGCAGAAAAAGUGGAAUUUGACAGAGGAGAACAAUUGCGAUGAAAUACCGUGCGAGAGAGGAAUGCGAAAACGAGGUGAGCCAGAGUUUUUGACGCGAAAAAAACCAGAAAUUGACUUCCGGAGCUCAAAAUUGACUUCUAGAGCUCAAAAUUGACCUCUGGAGCUCAAAAUUGACUUCUGGAGCUGAAAAUUGACUUCCGGAGCUCAAAAUUUACAUCUGGAGCUCAAAAUUGACUUCUGGAGCUCAAAAUCGACUUCUGGAGCUCAAAAUUGACUUCUGUAGCUCAAUAAUGACUUCUGGAGCUCAAUAAUGACGUCUGCAGCUCAAAAUUGACUUCUGGAGCUCAAAAUUGACUUCUGGAGCUCAAAAUUGACCUUCAGAGCUCAAAAUUUACUUCUGGAGCUCAAAAUCGACUUCUGGAGCUCAAAAUUGACUUCUGUAGCUCAAUAAUGACUUCUGGAGCUCAAAAUUGACUUCUGUAGCUCAAAAUUGACUUCUGUAGCUCAAUAAUGACUUCUGGAGCUCAAAAUUUACUUCUGGAGCUCAAAAUCGACUUCUGGAGCUCAAAAUUGACUUCUGUAGCUCAAUAAUGACUUCUGUAGCUCAAUAAUGACUUCUGGAGCUCAAUAAUGACGUCUGCAGCUCAAUAAUGACUUCUGUAGCUCAAAAUUGACUUCUGUAGCUCAAUAAUGACUUCUGGAGCUCAAAAUUUACUUCUGGAGCUCAAAAUCGACUUCUGGAGCUCAAAAUUGACUUCUGUAGCUCAAUAAUGACUUCUGGAGCUCAAAAUUGACUUCUGUAGCUCAAAAUUGACUUCUGUAGCUCAAUAAUGACUUCUGGAGCUCAAAAUUUACUUCUGGAGCUCAAAAUCGACUUCUGGAGCUCAAAAUUGACUUCUGUAGCUCAAUAAUGACUUCUGGAGCUCAAAAUUGACUUCUGUAGCUCAAAAUUGACUUCUGUAGCUCAAUAAUGACUUCUGGAGCUCAAAAUUUCUGGAGCUCAAAAUUGACACCCCGAACAAAUUUCGCACUUUCAGACACCACGCGUCGUCGCCCAUGGCUCUUCACCACCACCACCACCACCACCGACACUCAAAAAAUCGCGCAGCGUCGUCGCCACCUCGAAUCCACGUAUCCCGAAUUGGAUUGGCGCCAAAUCGACGCACGUCCUUUCAUUCUCGUGACAUUCGGAAGUGUGGCACAGGUCGAAAACAUGCACCCGGAACUAUUGCGCGAUUUGCUGGCGACUUUCGCCGCCGACAAAAGUCGCCUAGUGAUUUGGCAAUCGAAUUUGUCGCGUCAAGAAAUCGCGCGGCGUCAUAAAAUCCACGUGGCUGAUAAUAUCCAGAUUGCCACGUGGAUUCCUAUCAAAGAAUUGUUGGCACAUGAGAAUAUUGAGUAUAUUAUUUGUCACGGUGGCAUCAAUACGAUUAAUGAGUUGGCCAUGUUUGGUGUACCGGUUUUGGGUGUACCACUGCAGGUUGGUGGCGGAUUCCAGGGUGAUCAAGCUUAGAACCUGGCUAGAAAAAAAAACAAAAAAAAUCUAGCCUAAUUUUAUAGAUAACGAUACUUUUUUGAAAUUAACGUCAAAUUAUUAAAAAAAAAUUUUUUUUUUUACUAUUUUUAUUCCAGGGUGACCAAGCUUCGAACCUGGCUAGAUUGGUGGAUUUGGGCAGCGCUGAAUUAAUGACAAUAAUCGAGCUGAACUCUGCACUUCUGCCGCAAAAAAUGGCAAAAAUGCGCGAAAAAUCGUCGGAAAUGUGGCGAAGAAGUGAGAUUUUGGCGAAAAUGGUGGCGGAUCACCGCGAAUUCCAGCGAAAUUCACAGGUAUUCUGGUUGAAUUGGGUGGCGCGGAACGGAAAGCGGAUUGAGACGCGGCGGUUUUUCCGCUUCGAAUAUUUGGGCGAUAUGGAGAAUCGAUUUUGGGCCGGAUGUUUGGCGAUGGUUUUGGCGGUUUUGUGGGUUUUGAAAUAA